AACAAAUUAUUCAUGUCUUCUGAUGACGGGAAUUCUGAUACACAAUAUUUGGUUACUUUUGAGCAUGAUAACUAUGGUAAAUUGAUUAUUAAUUACGAACUUGUAGAAGUUGCCAAUGAUAAUGAGCAAGAAUUCAAUGAACAAGAUUGUGUGAAUAUAGAACUGGAUAUAGAAAGUAAAAAAGGUAAAGGAAAAGGAAAGUUGAUAAAUAAAGAAAAGAGUAAAAAUAAUGAAGAGGCGCAAACUAGUAAUAUCAACACCGAUAUAGUAUUACCAGUGUUAGAAU